CUCUUUCUCUUACCCACGUGAGCUGGAGACUUCCAGAAAGCCGUAGUCGCUGCUGCGCGUGUUUCUUCUUGCGCUGCUCGGCUUCUUUCCGGGGCCUUCCACUCGCUGCCGCCAUGUUGAGCGCUGCCCGCGUGCUCGUUCUGCGCCGUGGAGGGGGAGUCCCGGGCCCCGCUCAGGUCAUCUGGAAUGGUUUAAGUCAAAAUAUCCUCAGAACUGUAGCAAGCAGGAAUUAUGCCUCAGAAGCAAUCAAAGGAGCAGUUAUUGGGAUUGAUCUUGGCACAACCAACUCAUGUGUGGCAGUCAUGGAAGGGAAGCAGGCAAAAGUGCUUGAAAAUUCAGAAGGUGCCAGAACCACCCCUUCUGUUGUGGCAUUUUCUAGUGAGGGAGAGCGAUUGGUUGGCAUGCCAGCUAAAAGACAGGCAGUAACAAAUCCUCACAAUACACUCUAUGCAACCAAGCGUCUGAUUGGGCGGCGAUAUGAUGAUUCAGAAGUGCAGAAAGAUAUCAAGAAUGUCCCUUUUAAAAUUGUACGUGCUUCCAAUGGUGAUGCCUGGGUAGAAUCUCACGGAAAGCUCUAUUCUCCAAGCCAGAUUGGUGCUUUUAUUUUAAAGAAGAUGAAAGAGACUGCAGAAAACUACCUAGGGCAUCCUGCCAAAAAUGCUGUCAUCACAGUUCCUGCUUAUUUCAACGAUUCCCAGAGACAGGCCACUAAAGAUGCCGGACAGAUUGCUGGAUUGAAUGUUUUGAGAGUUAUUAAUGAGCCAACAGCUGCAGCUCUAGCUUAUGGAUUAGAUAAGGUUGAAGACAAAGUUAUUGCAGUUUAUGAUUUGGGAGGUGGCACGUUUGAUAUUUCUAUCUUGGAAAUUCAGAAGGGAGUAUUUGAGGUCAAAUCCACAAAUGGUGACACUUUCUUGGGUGGCGAAGAUUUUGACCAGGCCCUGUUGCAACAUAUAGUAAAAGAAUUCAAAAGAGAAACAGGGGUCGAUCUGACCAAAGAUAAUAUGGCUCUGCAAAGAGUGAGGGAAGCUUCUGAAAAAGCAAAAUGUGAACUUUCCUCUUCGGUCCAGACCGACAUUAACUUGCCAUACCUUACAAUGGAUGCCUCAGGACCAAAACAUUUGAAUAUGAAGCUGUCUCGAUCUCAGUUUGAGGGGAUUGUGGCUGAUCUGAUUAAAAGGACAAUUGCACCUUGUCAAAAAGCCAUGCAAGAUGCUGAAGUUAGCAAAAGUGACAUCGGAGAAGUGAUCUUGGUUGGUGGCAUGACUAGAAUGCCAAAGGUACAGCAAACUGUACAAGAUAUGUUUGGGCGUUCUCCAAGUAAAGCAGUCAAUCCUGAUGAAGCUGUUGCCAUUGGCGCUGCCAUCCAAGGAGGAGUGUUGGCUGGAGAUGUCACUGAUGUGCUGUUGUUGGAUGUCACUCCACUUUCCCUGGGAAUUGAGACUCUAGGUGGAGUUUUCACUAAGCUUAUCAAUAGGAAUACAACUAUCCCAACCAAGAAGAGCCAGGUGUUUUCUACAGCUGCUGAUGGGCAGACUCAAGUAGAGAUCAAAGUUCAUCAGGGUGAACGCGAAAUGGCUGGUGACAAUAAACUCCUUGGGCAGUUCACUUUGGUUGGGAUUCCACCAGCCCCAAGGGGAGUGCCCCAGAUUGAGGUAACAUUUGACAUUGAUGCAAAUGGAAUUGUUCAUGUAUCCGCAAAAGACAAAGGUACAGGACGAGAACAACAGAUUAUGAUCCAGUCGUCUGGUGGUCUUAGUAAGGAUGAUAUUGAAAACAUGGUAAAAAAUGCAGAAAAAUAUGCAGAAGAAGACAGACGGAAAAAGGAACGUGUUGAAGCUGUAAACAUGGCAGAAGGAAUAAUCCAUGACACAGAAUCCAAGAUGGAAGAAUUUAAAGAUCAGUUGCCUGCAGAUGAAUGCAAUAAAUUGAAGGAAGAAAUUGCAAAAAUGCGGGAGUUACUGGCUCGUAAAGAUAGUGAAACAGGCGAAAACAUCCGGCAGGCAGCAAUGUCCCUGCAACAAGCAUCCCUGAAACUUUUUGAAAUGGCCUACAAAAAGAUGGCAUCAGAGCGAGAGAGUUCUGGAAGUUCACAAGGCUCUGAUUCACAUGAUUCAGGGAGCUCCGGGGAUCAGAAGGAGGAAAAGCAGUAAAUUGCAGUCUUGUGUAGACUGGAACAGAAAGAGGACACUAUUCCACAGCUUCAUCGCCAAAGGACUUUCCUGAGCAGCUGUGGACUGAUUUAUGUCUUACUGUGUUUUUGCAGUAUUCUAAACAUACUUUCUGAAAUGUAUAAAUUUAGUCAAAUUGCUACCUGAUUGAAAAAAUUAAUGCAAGGCAACUUUUAGAGGCCAGUGAAAGUUUUCACUGAGAAUUCCUGGCAAUCUUUCUUCUGAGCAGAAGGAAUUGGCAUGUUUAAUUUGAAGGUCUAGAAACCAUGUCUCAAAUUCAGAGUGGGAGUAGGAUUCAUCAUCGCUGAAUUGUGAAUUCCAUCCUUAAUAACGGAAUCUCCUCUGGAAACAGGUUUCUGCUUCUGGGAAGAGAUGAUAUUGGGACCUGUGGUCAUCAGCUGACAAUUUACUUGGGAAAGUAUAUGCAGAUCUACACCUUAGCUUUAAUAUAAAAAAUGUGACUUAUUUUAAUAUAGCGGCAACCACAAGACAACGUGGAUACUCCAUGCAUUGGUUUUGUAGGCUUUCUGCUCUGUCCAAUGUCUUUUUCCUUGCAAGAAAUCUGAUUCCCUAUUAAUAAAUUGUUCUCAGUUGACCAAGUAGUCUAUGUAAAAAUUUUGUUUUCCUUGCCCCAGUGAUAUUCCUAGACAUUAUUCCUGCUGUAGACCCAAGUUGCGGUUUU